CUCAGCAUUCCCAUCAAUUAGCCUCACCCUGAGAACUCAAUAUCCAAUUCAUUAAACACAAUGGCAGGCCUUGCAAGACACAUCGACCCAGAUGAGCUGGUCGAAAAGCUUCACGACCAUCCCUUCCACAAGGCUGGGCACAGGAGUGACCGGGCUGCCACCCACAGUACACCUUAUUCCAGUCGGUAUGCUAGUUCCACCCAGUUGUCCAAAUUUCGAAUCCCCCACGACGGAGCGCCUGCAGAUGCUGUACAUCAAUUGCUCAAGGAUGAGUUGGACUUGGACGGACGACCAAGUCUAAAUCUUGCAUCCUUCGUGGGAACAUACAUGGAGCGUGAUGCAGACCAGCUUAUACUGGAGAAUAUUUCCAAGAACAUGUCUGACGCGGACGAGUAUCCUGCUAUGAUGAACAUGCACACUCGAUGCGUGUCCAUCAUUGCACACUUAUGGGGAGUUCAGAAGGGGGAAACUGCCAUUGGAAGCGCUUGCACUGGCUCGAGCGAAGCAAUUCAUCUAGGUGGUUUGGCCAUGAAGCGGAGGUGGCAGGAGAGAAGACAAGCAGAAGGCAAAGAUACCUCAAAGCCGAACAUCAUCAUGGGUGCCAAUGCCCAGGUUGCCCUUGAGAAAUUCGCGCGGUAUUUCGAGGUCGAAGCCAGGAUCCUUCCAGUUUCUGAAGAUAGCUCCUAUCGUUUGGACCCAGAGUUGGUCAAGAAAAAUAUUGACGAAAACACGAUUGGCGUCUUCGUUAUCCUUGGCUCAACAUACACUGGUCAUUAUGAGCCAGUCGAAGAAAUCUCCAACAUUCUCGAUGAGUACGAAAAGAAGACUGGUGUCUCAAUCGAUAUUCAUGUGGAUGCGGCCUCUGGCGGCUUCAUUGCGCCUUUCACCCAUGCCGGAGCUGGCGCAAAAUGGAACUUCGAGCUCCCUCGCGUCAAAUCAAUCAACACAUCGGGACACAAAUUUGGAUUGGUCUACGCCGGUGUAGGUUGGAUCAUUUGGAGAGAUGAAAGCCAGCUUCCCAAACAUCUGAUAUUCGAGCUACACUAUCUGGGAGGCACCGAAGAAUCGUACACACUAAACUUCUCUCGUCCAGGAGCGCAGGUCAUUGCUCAGUACUAUAACUUGAUUCAUCUUGGAUUCACUGGGUAUCGUAACAUCAUGGAAAAUAUGUUGUCCAAUGCAAGACUGCUAAGCCGAGCAUUGGAGGAAACCGGCUGGUACCGAUGUGUCAGCGAGAUCCAUAGGAAGAAAGGUGACCACAAAUUUGUGAAGGGUAAAAAGCAGUACGAUGAAAGCGAGAAUAGCGCGGAGUACAAUCCUGGUCUACCCGUUGUCGCUUUCACAUUCUCAGACGAUUUCAAGAAACAAUAUCCCCAUGUCAAGCAAGAGAGUGUAUCGAACCUACUGAGAGCAAAGCAGUACAUUAUUCCAAACUACCCAUUGCCGCCGAACGAGGAGAAGACAGAGAUCCUACGGGUCGUGGUGCGGGAGACCUUAUCGAUGCACAUGAUAGAGAGACUCGUGACCGACAUUGCCCAAGUCACCGAGACAUUGAUGGAGACUGACGCAGUAGAUUUGGCUGCCUGGCAACCAGGCGUUGUGAGUGUCGAAAAGCAACAUGGCUCCCAGGGCUUGGAGGCGAAACAUAAGCACAAGGCACGCCGACCUAUGCAUAAGGGUGUCCACCGAACGGUGUGCUAGAUGUGGGAUGAUGGAGGGAGGCGACUAUGGGGUUUUAAUUAAAUGGAGUAGAAAAAGUGGUCUGCAUGACAUUGAUCGAUCGAUCCUAUCUCGUUUUUCGUACCACGAGUCCUUACCGGGUCCUGGGUACCUGCUCGGUAAUAGCAGCAUCUACUACCAGUAACUAUCUGCACAGGUAACAGGAGUAAUUGAAUGCAAGGUGCAGGCGUUUUCAAUAGCUGUACGGGGUACCUGUAGCUGUAGCUGCAGCUGUAGCUGUAAUUGUUGUAUGCAGUAUGCAUUAUGCAGUGUGUGUGCCUCGUACCUGAAUGAAACUUCGUUCCACCGAUCCCCAUGUCCUAUCAAU